CCUAGUGUCUAGUGCUUACUAUACAAGCCUGUGAGGACAGUGCUAUGAUGUGGGGUUGAUACUGCAGUUGGUCAGGUUUAGAUUCAGCAACAAUAUGUGCUGAAAGAAUGAGGUCAGCUGACUACCUGAAUAUACUGAAUAUAGACCAGGUCAUUCCAUCAGUGGAUUUUUUCUUCCCUGAUGGCACGGACAUAUUCCAAGAUUACAAUGCCAAGAUUCAUGGUGCUGGAAUUGUGAAAGAGUGGUUCAGGGAUCUUUGGGAUGUGCUAAAGAAGGCUUUGCGCAGCAGUCAGACUCUACCAUCAUCAAUGCUGCAAGAUCUUGGCGAUAAAAUAAUGCAACUCUGGAUAGAAAUAAAUAUUGUGACAUUUCCGGAGCUUAUCAAAACAAUGGCGGCCCAACAAAAUAUUAGAGUGAGUGACCUUUUUUUGGCCAGGCAGUGUAUAUACAUACUUGCUCAUUCAUAAAAUAAAAAGAACAAGAAAACUCCAAUUCGAUAAGGAUUUGAAUUCAAUACUCCAGUGUCAAGGGGCCAGCAUGCUAAGCCACCAUGCCAACCAUUGUUAUAUUGUUUGAGUUCAGUUACCUCCUUGCAAUUGCUUUAUCAAUGCAUUGCAAUGUCUACACUGACCUUAAUAAGGGUUUAUCACAUGCAGACAAUUGUACUGCUCUAUUAUGUCUGUUAUUUUAUUGACACUGGGUUAGCAUUCUUUUAUUGUUUCUGUUUUAGUACCAAUUACAGACAUAUCUAUGGCACAACACCUUUAUAUCAAUGUAGUCUGCAUUUAUUUCUUCAGACACAGAUGUUAGUGGGUAAAGAAAUUACAUUGCUAGGCAACAUUUGAUACCCCUUGUAUUCUGAAUACAAUCUCUGUAUACCACACACCAAGCCUGAGUUGCACCGGCCUGAUUAAUCUGAUUUGCAUCUGAUUGCAUUUGGUUUUGAAUCUGGGCCCGAUUCUGGCCCAAACGCUCAGCUCACUUCUAUGCCGAGUUCUGCAUGUGCAAACAUCCCAGCUGCUAAUUAUAAUAAGAGAAUAGGUCUGUGCCAUUUUUGCCAACUGCCAAGUGCUGAGUAUAAACUACAUUCAUCUCAGUUCCACAUUGCUGCUGCAGAGUUUUAGCUGUUGCUUCCAUACAUCAGCCAAGCUUGGGCCAAAUUCUUAUGCUAUCAUGGUCAUUAUUUGUAUAUGAUUUAAAUUUUUUUAUCAUUUUUCUUUUUCUUGAUUCUGUCCCAAACAAAUGGGUGCCCUUUGCUCAUCACCUUCCUGGAAUUACUGUUGGACACUGUUUAUUGUAUUAACUUGUUUUCUUUCCUGGCCAUGUUUAUUCUCUUCAUCAACAGGGUCGAGGGUGAAGAGGGUGAAGAGGGAUCAUUCUCAGUCUGUAGGAAGUGCUAUGUGUGAAACCAGCAGUAGGCUGUUUGUGGCUUCCCUCACAGUCAAAUCUCCAGACAAGCAGUACUGGUCAGGCUGCAUGCCCCCUGGCCCUUCUCUAUUGACACACUUUAUUAAAUAAACGCCCCUGAAAUCCUCCCUCUAAAGCAUUUCUUUAUAGGAUUAGACCUGCACAAACAGCUCCUUAGCGAAAAGACCUGGAACUAACCCCCCUACCUCCUCCUCCUCUGACAGACCACUGAGGAGUGUCAUCAGCACAGGACCAGCUAAUGGCUGACCUUACAGCUGUGGCUCCAUGACUGGUCCUCCAAUUGCAUGCCUCUCAGAUGCUGCUAUAGGUCUGUAAAUCCCCCGCCAUUUAAAAAACCCCAGCCUGGGUAACAAGUGUCUUCAUAAUCCUUACUGAGGAACUGCAUUACAUUUGUGACCAAAAGUGAAAAAGGAAAAGUUCUGCAGAGGAUGUAAAGUGGGCGAGAAACAGGAUCAACAUUUAACAGAAGUAAAUUCAAGACUAAAUACAAGGAAAACAACCUCAUAGGCGGUAAAGGAAUCUUUGUGGAAGUUAUGUGAAAAGAUCUUCUCCGUGAAGAGCUUCUGAAGACCCAGUUUUCCGGCUUUCAGAGACAUUAUGAAGUCUUUGCUCCUAUGUUUGCUGGGGCUGCGUCUGGUCAUGGGACUAGGCCACUGGUGUGAACACACUGUGCAGGAGAAGCUGGAGAGUAUAAUCACCCCCCGCCUGCAGCUUGAAGUGGAAUGCUCGGAGGUGUACCAGUACAACACACAAGGCUGGAGGCUGGAUGUGGACAGAAUGCGUCACACACACGGGGGUGAUGAUGGCAUUGCUCUGUAUUACAGAAGACAAGGUCCUAAGGCUUCCUGCUACCUAUUCAAACCUGCAAACAUUGUGACUGAACAAGUAAAUAGGACAGUGCAAGCCUGCUGUGAAGGCUGGGCGGGUCCUCACUGUUCACAGGGAGUGAGUGUCAGGGGUCUGUGUUUCUCAACAUGGAAUUGUGAAGGCUUCCCCGGGGUUCAGAACUUCUCUCUGAUGUCUAUUGAACAGUGCUGUGGUAGCUUGUGGGGUCUGAGCUGGAAAAAUGCUUCUGAUCAGACCUGCCUCUCUUGCUCCUACACACUUUUGCCAGACCCUCAGACCUCGCCCCUACUUCUUCGCAAGGGUCAUCUUGGAGGUCUUCAUAACCCAAAGGCCUCUGCAACCUGCAUGAGUUGGGGCGGAGUGCAUUACCGCUCCUUUGACAGGAAGCACUUCCAUUUCCAGGGUGGCUGCACCUAUGUCUUGGCCUCCUCCACUGAUGGCACCUGGGCGGUUUACAUUAGCACCGUGUGUGAUGGUGGAGGGCAUUGUAGUAAGGCACUGCAGAUGAUGUUGGGGCGUGACCUGGUGUCUGUCAAUAAGAGCAACAUGUCUCUCAAUGGCCUCAUAAUAGCACAGGGCGAACCUGUCUUUCAAAACGGAGUGAGUAUUCACUGGCUCGGGGAUUUUGUGUUUGUGGAGAGCGGACUGGGAGUCAGAAUCAAAUUUGACUUGAGCAACACGGUUUAUCUGACCGUUAACACAGAACACUUCGCAGCUACGCGGGGGCUGUGUGGCGUGUAUAACAACAAUGCAGAGGAUGACUUCACUGGUAGAAGUGGAAGCAUAUCGCAAUAUGCUGCCAGCUUUGGCAACUCAUGGCGUGUUCCUGAUCAGCAGACAGAGGGUUGUAGUGAUGCAGCAGAGUUGGGCCACAGCUGUGAUGUCACAGGGGAUGUCAGCCUGCGUCGAGGUGCAGAAUCUGCUUGUCAUCAACUCAAAGAGAGCCCAUUUUCACACUGCCAUCAUCAGGUGGAUCCUGGUCCCUAUGUUGACACCUGCCUGUAUGUGUACUGCAGUCUGGGGGAGAAGGAGAGAGUGGGGGCUGUGUGUGACACGCUAGCCAGCUAUGCUCGCGAGUGUGCCCAGCAGCACAUCAUCCUCAGCUGGAGGCGUCCUGAUCUGUGUGAACGAGUUUGUCCUGGGGGUCAGCUCUUCUCGGACUGUGUCUCCUCCUGUCCCCCCAGCUGCUCCUCUGCUCUGCCCCCAGCCUCAGGCCAGUGUCGUGAGGAGUGUGUAGGGGGCUGUGAGUGCCCUCCUGGGUUAUAUCUGCAUAGAGGCCAAUGCUUGCGAAAGGAUGACUGCCCCUGCUUUCACAGGCGGCACACAUACCAGGAGGGAGACACUAUAAAGCAGAAAUGUAACACCUGUGUGUGUCAAGGAGGCCAGUGGCAGUGUUCUUCAGAGAGGUGUGCAGCACAGUGCAGUAUUAUUGGAGCAAUGCACAUCUCCACCUUUGAUAAGAAGAGUUAUAACCUCCAAGCUGGUGGCUGUCAGUUUAUUGUUGUUGAGGACUUUGUAGAUAAGAAGCUUGCAGUGACCAUUAGAGCAGGGGAGUGUGUGACUGGAGGCAGAACAGGCUGCCCACAGGAGAUGUCUGUCACUGCUCUCCAUACCACAGUGACUGUCAACAGCAAAGGCUCAGUAAUCCUGAAUGGACAGCCAGAAGCUUUGCCAGUGUUAACGGCUGAUCUGGCGGUGCGUAGAGCCACCUCUAGUUUCCUGUUGGUGCAGGUAUUUGGGGCUCGGCUGUUGUGGCAAACAGAUGGCUCUCUGGUUGUCAUCACUCUGGAGCCAGGCUUUGCUCAUAAGGUAAGGGGACUGUGUGGAACACUGACCUGGAAUCAGCACGAUGAUUUCACCACACCGGAGGGGGAUGUCGAGAACAGUGUACCUUCCUUCGCUGCGAAGUUCAACAUUGGGUCAUGCCCUUUGUCUUCGGCAGUGACUUCUGACCCCUGUAGCACCUACACCCAGCGCAGACAGUAUGCGGAGAGUGUCUGUGCUGUUCUCCACAGUGCUGUGUUCCAGGCCUGUCAUGAUGUGGUGGAGCGAGAGCCCUACGUCCGCAUGUGCCAGACUGAGGUGUGUAGUUGCACCACCCACAGGCUGUGCCACUGUACUGUCGUCACUGCCUAUGCUCAACACUGUGCUCAGGAGGGGGUGCUAGUGAGCUGGAGAAACCACACCUUUUGCCCGGUGCAGUGUUCUGGUGGGCAGGUGUAUCAGGAGUGUGGCCGAGCGUGUGGAGGCUCUUGUGCUGACCUGCAGCAAAGCUGGGUCUGUGAGGAGAACGCAGGCAGUCGGACUUGUGUGCCGGGCUGCCAGUGUCCAGAAGGUCUGAUGCAAGAUGACCAAGGCCAGUGUGUUCCAGUCCACAUGUGCCCGUGUGUGCAUGGUGGGGCAGUCCACCAGCCGGGAAGCUCUGUGCAAAUUAACUGCAAUACCUGUGUGUGUGGAAAAGGUGUGUGGAACUGUUCUGAUGACCCUUGCCCUGAGGUCAGGGAGUGUCCAGGCUCUCUGAUCUUCUCCCCUGGCUCGUGCCUGAGGACUUGUUCCAGCCUGGAUAGCCCUCAGGCUCCGUGUACUGAGCCCAUCUAUGGCUGUGUCUGUCCAGAGGGAACCGUGCUUCUGGGAGAUCAGUGUGUGACUCCUGAUGAGUGUCCAUGUCACCACAAUGGCAGACUUUUCUUCACCAAUGAUACCAUCUCUAAAGAUUGCAACACAUGUGUCUGUAAGCAGCGUCGCUGGCACUGCACACAGCAACUUUGUGCUGGUACGUGUGUGGCGACGGGUGAUCCUCACUAUGUGACGUUUGAUGGUCGCUGUUACUCCUUCCUGGGGGACUGUGAGUACAUGCUGGCCCAGGAGAUGAGUGGUCUGUUCAGUGUCAGUGCUGAGAACGUGCCCUGCGGCAGCACUGGGGUCACCUGCACCAAGUCUGUUACGCUCACCGUCGGCAACACUGCCAUUCACCUGCUAAGAGGCAAAUCAGUGACAGUGAAUGGCAUGGCAGUGACUCUCCCUAAGUCUUACUCUGGCAGCGGAUUGGUCCUGGAGAAAGUUGGCAUGUUUGUGUCGCUCUCUUCCCGACUUGGAGUAACUCUGCUCUGGGAUGGAGGCAUGCGUGUGUAUGUGCGUCUGGAGCCGCACUUGCAGGGCCGGGUUGGGGGUUUAUGUGGAAACUUUGAUGGAGACACAGAGAAUGACUUCACCACGAGGCAAGGCAUAGUGGAGUCCACACCAGAGCUGUUUGGGAACUCCUGGAAGGUUAGCCCAUCCUGCCCGGAUGUCGCAGAGCAGGACCUGCGUGAUCCCUGUGUAAUCAACCCUCACAGAGUCACCUGGGCAAAGAAAAAAUGUGCAGUGAUUACCCAGGAGCUGUUUUCACUCUGUCAUGCUGAAGUACCUUACCAGCAAUACUACGACUGGUGUGUCUUUGAUGCCUGCGGUUGUGAUUCUGGAGGGGACUGUGAGUGUCUGUGCACAGCCAUCGCCGCAUACGCUGAGGAAUGCAACCGCAGAGGAGUUUACAUUCACUGGAGGUCUCAGGAGCUCUGCCCUCUGCAGUGUGAAGAUGGUUUGGUGUAUGAACCCUGUGGUUCCACCUGCUCUGCUGUCUGUCCUAGUAGCACUCCCAGUGUCCACUCCCACUGCAGCCCCCUCUCCUGUGUAGAGGGCUGCUUUUGCCCACACGGAACCGUCCGUCACGGUGAUGGCUGUAUCGCUCCAUCUGAGUGCCCGUGUGAAUGGGAGGGCUCUUUGUUUCCUGCUGGAGCAGUUUUAACUCAACACUGUCAGAACUGCACCUGUUCCAAUGGGACGUGGGAUUGUACCGGGCCGGCAUGUCCUCCUCUUGUGCCCUGUCUGGAGUCUGAGUUCCAGUGCACUCGUGGCUCCCAGCGCUGCAUCCCCUCUAUCUGGCUUUGUGAUAAUGAGGAUGAUUGUGGAGAUGGCUCAGAUGAAAUUUGCCCCUCCACAUGCCCCCCGGGACAGUUCCGCUGCUCUGGAGGUGCCUGUUUACCUGUGGAGCUCCGCUGUAAUGGUCAUCCUGACUGUGCUGACCAGUCGGAUGAGGAGUUCUGUGCUCCGGCCACAGCGGUGCCAGGCUGUGCAGCUGGAGAGUUUCAGUGCGCUAAUGGACGUUGUCUGUCUGCCAAUAAAAUGUGUGAUGGAAGAUUGGACUGUGGGUUUGCUGACGAUUCAGAUGAAAAAGACUGUGGAGUGGUGUGUGCUGAAGAGGAGUUCCGCUGUUCAUCCAGUCGCUGCAUUCUCUACCUUCAUCGCUGUGAUGGCCAUGAUGACUGUGGUGACUUCAGUGAUGAGCGUGGGUGUGUGUGUUCUCUUGGAGAGUUUCAGUGCCCUGGAGAUCAGUGUAUACCUGCGAAGAGAGUGUGUGAUGGCCAUAGGGACUGCCCAUCAGGGAUUGAUGAAGUCAUCUGUCCUGCUAAAGGCUGUAGCCAGUAUGAGUUUGGCUGUGCCAGUGGUCAGUGUGUGCCGCUUGGCUGGCGCUGUGAUGGGGAGACAGACUGUCUGGAUGGAAGUGAUGAGCAGCAGUGUGAUCGUACUUGUGGACCUGACCAAGUGCUCUGUCUGAGUGGAGACCAGUGUGUCCAGCAUGUGCAUCUGUGUGACGGCACACCACACUGCAGGGAUGCCUCUGAUGAGAGUGUUGAUAACUGCGGCUCCACACGUAUCCCUCCGUGUCCUGGCAGCUUCUCGUGUGAUAACAGAACUUGUGUGAACAUUUCCCGUGUGUGUAACGGCAUUCCUGACUGUCCCAAAGGAGAGGAUGAACUAUUAUGCGAAAAGCCAAGUGUCUCUCCACCUCCUCCAGGUGGCAGAAACACCACUUACACCUGUUCUGAGUUCACCUGCAUGGAUGGAUCCUGCAUCCCUUUCAAAUCUGUGUGUAACGGAGCAGCAGACUGCCCCGAUGCUUCUCUGUUUGUGGCCGGUGACUCCUCAGAUGAGCAGGGCUGUCGGAACUGGGGAACGUGGGGGUCCUGGAGCUCCUGCAGUCACACCUGUGGGUCUGGCACUAUAAGCAGACACAGACAGUGCCCCCAGGGGGAUACGCUGGGACAGUGUCGGGGAGAUGAUACACAGAGACGGCAGUGCUACAACACUGCAUGUCCUGUUGAUGGACGCUGGUCAGCAUGGACAACUUGGUCCAACUGCAGUAAAGGUUGUGGAGGCGUCGAGAUCCGUCAAAGAGUGUGUGUUCCACCACAGAAUGGAGGCCGAGCCUGUGCUGAACUUCCAGGAGAGACCUUGACCACUGAGAUCAAGCCGUGUUCUCAGGAUGCCUGUGCUAAUGUCUCCUGUCCUGUUGGCCUGGUCUCACACAGUUGUGCUCCUUGUCCUAAGACUUGUGCUCACAUAUCCAGUGACACCUCCUGUGAUCCUGAUGCACCAUGCUUCACAGGUUGCUGGUGUCCAGAGGGGAAGGUCAUGAACCACUUGCAGCAGUGUGUGUUGCCUGAGGAGUGUGUGUGUGAAGUGGCGGGAGUGCGGUACUGGCCAGGGCAGCAGGUUAAGAGGGGCUGUGAGAUUUGUAGGUGUGAGAGAGGCAGACCACAGCACUGUCAGCCCAAUCCAGAAUGCUCAGUAAACUGUGGUUGGUCAUCCUGGUCACCAUGGGGGAAAUGUUUGGGUCCGUGUGGAGUGCAGAGUGUUCAAUGGUCUUUCCGCAGCCCGAACAACCCCACUAAACAUGGCAACGGCAGACAGUGCCGUGGAAUUUACAGAAAAGCCCGGCGCUGUCAGACAGAACCUUGCAAGGAAUGCGAGUAUCAGGGUCACACACAUGCUGUUGGUGAUCGCUGGAAAAUGGAACCAUGCCAACUCUGCCACUGUUUACCCAACCUCACUGUGCAGUGUGCCCCUUUCUGUCCACAUGCCAUCACUGGAUGCCCUCAGGGUCAGUCCUUAAUACCAAGGGAUGGAGACAGGUGCUGCUAUUGUGAAGCAAAUGCCAACAAUGAGAGUAUCAUCACCUCAACCACUCCAGCAGCUCUACCCAUAACUGUAGAGCCCUCCACACCCCCAGGGGGGGUACCAUUUGUGCCAACAUUUCCUCUUCCACCUGGAGAUGAGUGUUGGUCUCCACUGGGAGUUCAGUCUCUGCCUGCCUCCAGCUUCAGUGCCUCCUCCCAGCAGCCGGGUCACCUCGCAUCAGCCGCUCGCCUCCAUGCUUUUGACCAUCAGAGUGACCUGCAAGGCUGGAGCCCUGAACCAGAGGAGUACAGGGAGCUCCCAGCAUCCACCCCGCACAGCCACGCCCACAACAGCCAGGCCCCUUACCUACAGAUAGACCUGCUCAAACCAUACAACAUUACAGGGCUCCUUACACAGGGUGGAGGCCUGUUUGACACAUUUGUGGCCAGUUUCUACUUGGCCUUUAGUGCUGAGGGUAACCAGUGGUACACCUACAAAGAACUCAUCACAGAUUCUCGUCCUAAAGCCAAGAUAUUUCUAGGUAACCAUGAUGAUCGAGGUGUGGCCCAAAUCAGGCUGGACAGGAUGGUGUCGGCUCGUUUCGUUAGAGUGAUGCCUCAUGACUUCCAGAAUGGCAUUUAUCUCCGAGUGGAGCUUAUGGGCUGUGGGGGAGAGUUUGAAUGGUUGUCCACACGUCCCCCCUCAGUGUCCUUGCCUCCUUCAUUUAGACCCUGCCGAGAGAGGGAGUUCCAGUGUGGGAAUGGCCGCUGUGUGCCCACAGGACCACAUGGAGUUCUCUGUAAUGGAGUGAAUGACUGUGGAGAUGGUUCAGAUGAACUCAACUGUGGCACACGCCCUUCUCCUACGCCACACCCUAGAGGCUGCCCUGAGGGUCAGUUUUCCUGCCCUCCUCCAGGGGGCUGCAUUGACUCUAAAGCACGCUGUGAUGGAGUCCCUGAUUGUCCAGAUGGAGCAGAUGAGAGAGGCUGUAUCCCCCACACAAAUAUCACCCAUGUCACUCCAACCCCUGUACCAUUAAGGACCCCAAGUAUGGCAGCUGUUACACCAGCAAGCACACCAUCUUUCACAACUACACACGUGGGAGCCCCUGGAGAAAGAGGAAUCUGCUCGUCUCCACUGGGGUUUGAAGACGGCCGCAUUCACUAUGGUCAACUAACAUCUUCAUCAUCUAGAGAAAAUAACCCAGCUGAUGCAGGUCGUCUCAAUGUUGUCCCUAACGUUUUAGUGAUGGAACCUGGCUGGAGCCCAUUACCAGGAGACCCCCACCCUUACCUCCAGGUGGAUUUUCUGGAGCCUACCUGGAUUUCAGGGGUAAUCACUCAGGGCAGUGAGCGCAUGUGGGGCUACCUGAGCAAGUACCGAUUGGCCUUUGCACUUACUGAGAACCACUACAUGGACUACACCGAGACCGGGGUCAGUGGCUCAGCCCCGAAGAUCUUUGAGGUGAGAAUGGUGGGCAGGACUCCAGUCACACGCUGGCUGGACAGGAUGGUGAAGGCUCGAUACCUGCGCAUUAUACCAGUGCAGUACCGUCCCACCUUCUACCUCCGAGUGGAGAUCUUGGGCUGCAGAGAAGAAGAGUUUAUCACUCCCAGCACCACAGCACCCCCUGGUGUUGGAGUGGUCACUGCUAGGAGCUGUGAGCCGGGUCAGUUUACCUGUAUGAAUGGCGAGUGUGUACCUGUCGCAUCUCUCUGUAAUGGCAGGCUGGAUUGUACAGACCACUCAGAUGAGCUGGGCUGCGGCACAAUUCCUACUCCAGGAUUACCAGGAGUACAGAACUACACUGCAUCCACUGGAGGUCCUGGCUUUCAAGACUUUACAUCUGGCCCUCCAGGCCUGCGAACCAAGAGCCCACAGGAUGGACGCCCGGGUGUUGCCACUGUUUCUGCAGCUGUGACAGGCGCACCUGGCACUGGCCCUCAGGGACCAACAGGAGAGCCAGGAAUGUGGGACAAAACGACCCCCCAUGGUGGAGGUUUACCCAGGGUGCUUUGUGUGGAGGGCCAGUUUACCUGCAGGACUGUGGGCUGUGUGGACACUAAGCUUGUGUGUGAUGGGCGAGAGGACUGCCCCGAUGGCUCGGAUGAGGAUCGCUGUGGUGUCUCCACAUCUCCUCCCCUGACUCCUACACGGCGUCCACUGGUUCCGAGUCCCUGCUCUGCCAAGCAGUUUGCCUGUACCAGUGGAGAGUGUGUACGUCUGGACAAGAAAUGUGACCUCCACAAAGACUGUGCUGACGGCUCGGAUGAGAGAGACUGUGUGGACUGUGUGCUGUCUGCCUGGACAGCAUGGAGUCCGUGCAGUACAUCGUGUGGCCUGGGUUCUCUGUUCCGUAAGCGAGAGAUCCUGAGAGAUGCCCGGGCUGGAGGCUCCUGUGGUGCGGCUCAGUUUGACAGCAGGGCCUGCUUCCUUCAGGCCUGCCCUGUGGACGGCCACUGGGCAGAGUGGAGUGAGUGGUCAGAGUGUGAUGCAGCGUGUGGUGGUGGUGUGAGGAUGAGGAGCAGAUCCUGUUCGAACCCUCCAAGCAAAAAUGGCGGGAAGGAGUGUGAAGGGAUGGCCAUGCAGAGUCAGGGCUGCAACAUGCAGCCAUGUGGAUCUGGCACAGACAUUCAGACAGGCUGUGUGAAUGGUCUGGUGUUGGUGACAGAGUUGGACUGUGCGGAGGGGAGGGUGGAGCCAUGCCCUCUGACAUGCUCAGACCUUCACUCUGAGAGGAACUGCUCACACCACUGCCUAACAGGCUGUCGCUGUCCUGCUGGUCUCUUUCUCCAGGAUGGUCACUGUGUCAAUGCCAGCAAGUGUCUGUGUUUAUGGGAGGGUUCAGAGCUGCAGCCAGGGGAGGAGGUCACACCGGACAGCUGUACUACCUGCAUGUGUCAAGAUGGCCAUGUUUCCUGUGACAACUCCAGCUGUAUCUCCAAAUGUGAUUGGUCAGCGUGGUCUUCAUGGACCUCAUGUGACAGCAGCUGUGGAAUAGGCAUACAGCAGCGAUUUAGGUCUUCUCUGAUGCCCUCUGGAGUGGAGUCUGUAGAGCCAUGUGUUGGAGACUCAACAGAAGCACGGCAGUGUUACUCACCCUGUAAACCAGGCCCAGAAGGAGCUCCUUGGAGUGAAUGGACCACAUGGUCUGAGUGCAGUAAGACGUGCUUCCAUCAUGUGGAUGCUGUGGGAAUGAGACGACGCUUUAGAAGCUGUAAUCAAACUGAUUCUUCUUCUCCUUGUGUUGGAGAAGGAGAGGAACAGGAACCCUGCAACACGUUACACUGCCCAGUAAAUGGAGGCUGGUCUGCAUGGUCUGCGUGGUCUGAGUGUUCGUCAGAGUGUGAUUCUGGUGCUCAGACUCGGGAGCGUUUCUGUAGCUCCCCUCCACCACUGUAUGGUGGCAACAGCUGCCUGGGUCCCCACAUACAGACACGAGACUGUAACUCCCACCCAUGCUCAGGUUCUUGUCCUACUGGCAUGAGCUACUUGACUAAAGAGGAGUGUCAGGCUCAGGGUGGGGCGUGUCCGCGUGUGUGUCUUGAUGCUACAACAAUAGUGGAAUGUGCUACAGAAUGCUACGAUGGCUGCUACUGCUCUCCAGGCCUCUACCUGUUCAACAACACCUGCGUGCCCCUCAGCAACUGCCCCUGUUACCACAAGGGGGCGCUCUACCCACAGGGUGCCAGUGUUCCACAUGAUGCUUGCAACAACUGCACAUGCAUUAAUGGAGAGAUGCAGUGUGGCACAACACCCUGCCCUGUGGACUGUGGCUGGAGUGAGUGGACGUCCUGGAGCAUGUGUAGCCGGACAUGUGAUGUGGGCAUCAGGAGGCGGUAUCGCUCUGGAACCAAUCCGCUGGCAUCAUUUGGGGGGCGACCCUGUGUUGGCGACCGCAUUGGACUGGACACGUGUAGCAUCUAUCCUUGUAGUGGUGUGAAAGGUCCUUGGAGUGCCUGGUCUGAAUGCUCAGUGCCGUGUGGCGGUGGAUACAGGAACAGAACCCGUGGUCCUAUUAGAACCCACGGCACACCACAGCAGUUCAGCGCCUGCAACCUGCAGCCCUGUGGUGGUGGAAAAGACUGUGCUGAGGGUCAGGAAUGGACAAUGUGUGUGAGAGAGGAGCUGCUUUGCUCAGAUUUGGGGUUGGAGACUGAAAUGAACUCAACUUGUUCAUCAGGAUGUCAGUGUCCACAUGGCUCUGCUCUUCAGGAUGGACGCUGUGUACCGCUGUCCCUGUGCCGCUGUGAUAUAGAUGGUGAACAGUAUAAUCCUGGAGCUGUGGUCCGCAAAGGCUGCAACAACUGCACUUGUGAAUCAGGAAAACUGGUGAACUGCACACAGCUGGACUGUAAUGUGAAUGGAAGCUGGUCAGAUUGGACUCCAUGGAGCGUGUGUUCUGUGUCAUGUGGUGCCGGAUUGCAGUCUCGCUAUCGAUUUUGCUCCAGUCCUGAGUUGUCCGGUAGCGGACUGCCUUGCAUGGGACCAGAUCGCCAGGACCAAGUGUGUGUCCUUUUACCAUGCAGUCGUGAUGGAGGAUGGAGUGAGUGGACUUCUUGGACAGACUGCACUAAAUCGUGUGGUGCUGGUGUGAAAAGCCGCCGGCGUGAGUGUGACAGGCCAGCCACAGAGAGAGAAGGAGACUACUGUGAGGGGCUCAGAACUGAAGUCGUCGCUUGUAACACAGACCCCUGUCCAGUGAGUCCAUGCUCAGACGUGCCAGGAUCUGUGUUUAGUAGCUGUGGGCCGUCGUGUCCUCGGACCUGCGAUGAUCUGGCUCACUGUGAGUGGCGCUGUGAAGCUGGCUGUUACUGCACUGAUGGGAAAGUGCUGAACAUUAACGGCACAGCUUGUGUAGAGAGAGAGGAGUGUCCUUGUCUGGAUCUGAACACUGGUCAGCACGUUGACCCUGAAGACACGGUUCCUUCUGCUGAUGGCUGCAACAACUGUACCUGUUCUGGAGGGCAGCUCAGCUGUAGCAGGAACCCAUGUCCAGUGGAUGGAGGCUGGUGUGAAUGGUCCAGGUGGACACCGUGCUCUAAGACAUGUGGUGCUGAGUGGGUCUCUCGCUACAGAAGCUGUGCCUGUCCAGAGCCCAAAGCAGGAGGGGCUGCAUGUCCAGACCAGCAGGAGGAGCAUGGAGGCCUUGGGGUGCAGAUUCAGAGGAAGCAAUGCCCUUCCAUCACCUUCUGUCCAGUUCAUGGGUCUUGGGGCAUAUGGAGUGCAUGGUCGGAGUGUGAUGCUUGUGCAGGUGUGUCAGUGAGGAAGCGGGAGUGUAACAGCCCCCCUGCCCGAUUUGGAGGUCUGCCGUGCCUCGGAGAACACAUUCAGAGCCGUGGCUGCCAUGACAACGAAACUAUCUGCUCAGACUGUGGGGGUGGUCAGGAGGAGUGGCCAUGUGGAAAGCCAUGCCCUCGCUCCUGUGAAGAUCUGCAUGGUGACACGGAGUGUGUGGACACACCCGGUUGCAGUCCAACCUGUGGUUGCCCAGGAGACAUGGUUCUGCAGGAUGGAGUUUGUGUGGAGAGGGAGGAGUGCAGAUGUAAAUUCCACAACAGCACCACAACCGGCUUGAAUACCAGCAAUACAUCCUGGGAGUGGCCUGGCAGGAAUGAUUGGCAGUAUGCAAAUUCAGGAGACAGCAUCAUCCGAGAUUGCAGCAACUGCACCUGUGAGGCAGGUAUUCUGAACUGUGACUCAGUUCCUGGUUGCCAUGUUGACGGUGGCUGGAGCCAAUGGGGCCCCUGGUCGGAGUGUUCGGUGCCUUGUGGGGGUGGAGUCAGGCUGCGAUUUCGUCAGUGUGAUAACCCCGCCCCCCAGGGAGAUGGAAGAGAGUGCAGUGGAGCAGGAGACCAACAGAGGGAGUGUAACAGUCACGCCUGCACAGAUACUGGGCCAUGGUAUGACUGGUCAGCGUGGUCUGUAUGCUCUGUGACCUGUGGAGGAGGGGAACAAAGACGCAGCCGCCGCUGUCACGCUCCACCCUGCACUGGCAUGACGCGCCAAAGCAAAACCUGCAACACACAAGUUUGCCUGGAGGUGGGCUGCCCCCCAGGCCGCCUGUAUCGGGAGUGCGAGAGAGGUGAGGGCUGUCCCUUUAGCUGUGCUCAGCUCAGUGGGCUCGAAGGCUGCUACUCAGAGGGAUGUGAGGAGGGCUGCCACUGCCCACCCAACACCUACCAGCACAAUGGAACCUGCGUACAGGAGUGUCCUUGCCUUGUGGACGAGGAGCUCUUGACAUCUCUUCAGAGGGUAUCUAUGACCCCCGAGUUAACCCCAGACCUGCAGAACAUUACCAUGGGAACAGAGCUCCAGUCUGGAGAGGAGCUGAUGCACGAGUGUAGCUCCUGCUUGUGUCAGCAUGGCCUGUGGAACUGCUCUCUAGUGCCUUGUCCUCGUGAUGGUGGUCUGACCUCAUGGGGACCCUGGGGGCCCUGCUCACUCAGUUGUGGUGGUUUGGGGCAGAAAACACGUAGCAGGAGCUGCACACAACCCAGGCCUGCCCAUGGGGGUAGAGACUGUGUGGGACCCCUACAGGAAACAGCAUACUGCCAAACCCCAGACUGCCCUGUUGUGGUGCCUACUACUGAAGAAACUCCUCUAUCAGAUGAGGAUGUAGGCUUCACCCAGUGGUCAGCAUGGAGUGCAUGUAGUAAAACGUGUAGUGAUGGAGGUGCUGCCGCAGUGAAAUCUCGUGAGAGAGUGUGUGUCAGUGCGCCUUGUGCAGGACAGAACAGGCAGCAAAAAGUCUGCAACCUUCCUCAGUGUCCUGAUGGUGGGGUGUGUGUGGGUGAAGACUGUGCCCACAGGAACUGCUCAUGGACAGAGUGGGGUGAGUGGAGUGCGUGUUCGCGUUCCUGUGGCGUGGGCCAACAGCGACGCUUCCGGAGCUUCCUCGCCCCGGGUGUUAAUGGAACCUGGUGCCCGGACAUCCUUGAAGGCAACCUAGAGAACCGCUUCUGCAACAUUCGUGCCUGCCGUGUGGACGGGAGCUGGUCUCGGUGGAGUCCAUGGUCACACUGUGAUAAAGCCUGCGGGGGAGGCCGCUCGAUUCGGACACGUUCCUGCUCCAGCCCACCCCCUAAAAACGGGGGUCGCAAAUGUGUUGGGGAGAAGAACCAAGUCAAACCUUGCAACACCAAACCAUGUGAUACACACGGGUGCCCACCAGGUCAGGAGUUUGUGCCCUGUGCUAAUCAGUGCCCUCAGCGGUGCUCCGAUCUACAGCAAGGCAUUCAGUGCAAGGCCAGUACUGAAUGCCAGCCUGGCUGCCGCUGCCCUCGAGGUGAGCUGCAGCAGGAUGGGACGUGUGUGAAGUUGUGGCAGUGUGACUGUAUGGAUGCUCUGGGUCAGAGCUGGGCUGCAGGCAGUCAGCACCAGGUUGACUGCAAUAACUGCAGCUGUGCAGAUGGAGUACUUUCCUGUAGCAACCACACCUGUUCAGGGGACAGCAGCUGCUCCUGGAGCUCCUGGUCCAGCUGGGCCUCCUGCAGUGCCACCUGUGGGUUAGGACGGAGAACACGCUUCAGAUCACUGAUUCCAGAGUCUCCAGAUGCUGACUGUCAGUUUGAGGAAGUUCAGCACAAACCUUGUGACCUUGGGCUCUGUCCUCCGCUAUGUGUGCAUGGCAACCAGGAGCUGUCUGUCGGAGACACGUGGCUACAAGGGGAAUGCAAACAAUGCACAUGUGUCCCUGAAGGACAGUACUGCCAAGAUAUUGAGUGUCGAGUGGAUGGUGGUUGGACACCUUGGUCUAUGUGGUCUGACUGCUCUGUGACGUGUGGUCGGGGAACACAGAUCCGUAGCCGAGCUUGUAUUAACCCCCCACCCCGCAACAACGGCACCCACUGCUCCGGACCGGAGAGAGAGACCAAUGAGUGCCAAGCUGCUCCAUGCCUGGAUGACCUGUGUCCGUGGUCAAUCUGGUCACCAUGCUCGCGAAGCUGUGGUGCGGGUGUCGCUUACAGACGCAGACAGUGUGUGUGUGAGGAGGAGGAGGGUGACCAUGCUUGCCCUGAGCACAUAGAAGCAGAGAGAGACAGAGAGGAAACUCAGCUGUGCUACAGGAGACCCUGCCCAGAUUGUCCAAUGUCUGGAUGGAGUGAGUGGACGGUGUGUUCCUGUGUGUCUCCAUUUCAGCAGCGGUAUCGUGCACCACUCACUACUGCCACUAAGGGUCAGCACUGCACAGAACUUGAGACUGAGAGCAGACCCUGCAAACAGCAACAGUGUCAGAAUUGCACCAAACCUUUCCAGCCAGACUGUGCUUCUCCAUGUGAAAAGCAGUGUGUUCUUCAAGGCCAGAGGGAUGCUUGUAUGGGCCAGUCGGAAUGCACGGCUGGGUGCUACUGUCCUCAGGGUCUGCUGCAGCAGAAUGACACGUGUGUGCCUCCAGAGCAGUGUGGCUGUAUUCACCUCCUCCAGCAGGACUCAGGCCCUCCUGUUCCCGUCACUGUCCCUGAGGGAACGCAGCUCACUGUAGGCUGCAGCACAUGUUUGUGCCAUGGAGGGUCUUUGCAGUGUGAUUCUCGAGGAUGUGAAGUGUCUCUCAGUGAGUGGUCAGAAUGGACCCCCUGCUCUCCAUGUGUUCCUGCCACCUCUCUCCUCCACUCCGUUUCUAAAAUGGGAGUAGAUGGAGAUGAUGGUCUGAACGUGGAUGCUACUGGUCUGGUGUCUGUGCAGAGGCGUUUCCGGGCGUGUCUGGAUAUCGACACUGGUUUGCCUGUCAAGGGGAGAGAGGGCGAGUGCUCCAAACCCCUGGAAGAAGAAAGAAUCUGCCCCCAACCUGACGUCUGUGAAGACCUGUGCCAGUGGUCUGUAUGGGGGCCGUGGAGUGUGUGUCAGGACCCUUGUAGUGGAGGAUUUCGUCAGCGCGAGCGCAAAGCUCUGGCAGUGAACCCUGGACCCAGCUGCACAAGACAGCAGAGCCAGAGCCAGAACUGCAACACUGCACUCUGUCCUGGUGAACGCUGUGAGGAUAGAGGGCGGGUCUAUGAGGCUAACUGUGCCAAUCAGUGUCCUCGAAGCUGUGCUGAUCUUUGGGAGCAUGUGCAGUGUCUCCAGGGAACCUGUCACCCAGGUUGCCGCUGUCCUGAUGGAUGGCUUCUACAAGAAGGUGAGUGCGUGAGAGUGACUGCCUGUCGCUGUGGACUCCCCACAGAGAACGGCACCCGUGAGCUUUCACCUGGACAGAACGUCACAGUCGACUGCAACACCUGUGUGUGUAUAAAUGGAUCGCUGGUGUGUACCAACCAGCCCUGCCCAACGUAUGGCUCAUGGGGGUCCUGGAGUGAGUGCUCAGUGUCAUGUGGGACAGGACAGAGGAUACGGAGACGUUCCUGCACACACAAACCUGGAGGCCCUCCCUGUUCAGAGACUGAGCAGAACCAGACCUGCACUCAGCCUGCAUGUCCAGCUGACUGUAUAUUGAGUGAGUGGUCAUCCUGGAGCGAGUGCAGCGUCUCCUGUGGUGGAGGAGUGUCGGUGCGCAGUAAGAGUAUUCUACAGGAGCCUGAGCCCGGAGGAUUGGCCUGCGAGUCUCCUAUUGAGCAGCACACUGCCUGCAAUACCAACAGCUGUCUGCCUGAGUGUCCUGCGGGUCAGGUGUUCAGUGCGUGUGCAGGCUCAUGCCCGUUCUCCUGCCAGGAUCUGUGGCCUGAAAGCGAGUGUGUGCCAGGAGCCUGCAGCCCGGGCUGCGCCUGCCCUCCUGCUACAGUUAUGUUUAAUGGGACGUGCGUGCCCCACUCUGAGUGCCCCUGCUCUCCUGUAUCUCUGCUGCUGACAUCACCCAACAUCACACUGAAUGCCCUACCGGACGAGGUUCCCCCUGGGACUGUUGUACCACACCUCUGCAAUUUCUGUGUGUGUGAUAAUGGAGUUUUCAACUGCACCGAGGAGUCUUGUGAUGUGGACUGUGAAUGGAGCAGCUGGUCAGAGUGGAGCUCGUGUUCAGUAUCCUGUGGCUCCGGACAGCAGAGCUCUAGCCGCUUUGUGUUGCAGCCCAGGCAGUACAGCGGGCGUGAGUGUGAGGGUCCCAGCCACAGGAGCAGAGUCUGCACACAGCCUGACUGCACUUGUCCAGAAGGUGAGCGCUGGAGACGGAGCGUGUUGGAGAUGGACCGUGUGUGUGAAAGGGGGUGUGUGGACAUGUACAGAGCUGAACCUCUAAACUGCACCUCAACACAUGGCAUCUCUGAGGGCUGCGUGUGUGAAGAUGGACGCUAUCGCAGCACAGACGGACGGUGUGUGAUCCCUGCUCUCUGUCAGUGUGAGGACGAGGACGGUACACUGCGAGAGCCUGGGUCUGAAUGGGAAAAAGACUGCCAAACCUGUCUCUGUGUAAAUGGCCUAAAGCAGUGUAAAUCUAGAUGCCCGCCACUUCUGUGUGAACAGGGUGAAGUCAAGGUACUGGAGGCUGGACAGUGUUGCCCUGUCUGCAGGAAAGAGUACACAGGAGAGCCUGUUUCCCACUGCCACCGUCACACUGAGGUCAGGAACAUCACCAAGGGUGACUGUCGCCUGGACAACGUUGAAGUUAGCUUCUGCAGAGGACGCUGUUUGUCUGGAACAGAUGUCAUUCUGGAGGAGCCUUAUCUGCAGACUGUGUGUGACUGCUGCAGUUAUAGACUGGACCCACAGAAUCCUGUGCGCUUCCUGAGCCUGAGCUGUGCCAGCGGAGAGAGCGAGCCCGUGGUCCUGCCCGUCAUACACAGCUGCGAGUGUACCAGCUGUCAGGGAGGAGAUCUGUCUAAACGCUGAGUGCAUUUGGAGGGACAGACGGCUGUGGAGAAAAAAAUCUUGUAACACCUCCAGUAUACUUUUAUGUAGCUCGUAGUCAUUAUAUGACUGAAUUCUUUUAUAUAAUACUUUCUGAAGCUCUCAGAUUGAUCUAUAUUCAAUAUAUGUACAGCUUAAAUUAUGUUUUUUUUAUGAAGUAAUCCAUUUUAGACCCUUUUUACUUUACUUUUGAAUGCCAUGUCACAUUUAAUUGCAAAUUGAGCUUUAUAUAUUAAGUCGCAUAUCAUGCUCUACAUGAUGUAUUGUGACCAAAGAUAUUUCUGUUGACUGAAAAGUUACUUUAAUAUAUAUAUAUUUCUUUUUUGCAUUAAAAACACAACACUGU